UCAACGUCGUCACUCCUCCGUGUGACCAUGUCUCCAUGAGCUCUGUGACUUCCAUUCGAAGAAAAUGAUCAAACAUUAGGGCUCAAACCCAAAACAUUCCAUCUCAGUCAAUCCCUCAUCCAUUCCUACCUUCGAUGAAUUUCUGAUCUCAGUUAACAAUUUCACUUUUCCUCUUCCUUUUGGUGUUCCACCCUUUUCUCCUUUUGGUGCUUUAUUGUUUCCUCCAUGGAUGAAACCUACACAAAUCUUCCUACUAGCCAUUUGCUUGGCUCAGUCCCUGCUGUAAUCAAUGAAGAGAUUGAGAAAAGUGGUACAGAGCAUGAAACACCAGAAGCAAUUAUGCAGACAUUUCCCCCAACUAAUGGAGGAGACAGAGGGAGAGGUUAUCAAACUCUUGAAAGCCCAAGUGAUUCUCAUCAGCAACCAUCAAAUGACUGGAAGGGGGUGUUUAGUGUAUCAUCUUACAGUCAAUAUUUCAAUGUGGAUACAGACAUCGUCAUGAAUAGAUUGAUUAGUUCGUUGUAUCCCAUUGGUGGAGAUUUUUCUAGCAAGAUCGAUGCAAACCCUGAUUUAUAUGGGCUUGUGUGGAUCACCACUACAUUGGUAUUUGUACUUGCGGCACUUGGAAACUGUGCAACCUACCUCAUGCAAAAGCGAAGUGAUCAAGGUGCUGCAUGGAGUUUUGAUGUCAGCUAUAUGAAUGUGGCUGCUGGGUCUGUUUACGGUUAUGCGAUCGUGGUGCCCAUGGCAUUUUACUUUUCACUUCAGUACUUGGGAUCAAAUUCUAGCCUCAUAAGGUUUUGGUGCUUGUGGGGAUACUCUCUGUUCAUUUUUAUUUUGGCAUCUUUUCUGUUGCUCAUUCCGGUUGAAAUUCUGCGGUGGUUCAUUAUACUCCUUUCUGGUGCUGCCUCAGCAAGUUUUGUUUCCUUGAACCUGAGGGCCUAUAUCGACGGAAAUGAUCUUUCGGUUCUGAUAAUUGCUGCAUUUUUCUUGCAAAUGGCUUUGGCAAUCUUCAUCAAAGUGUGGUUCUUUCCUUGAGCAAGCUCACUCCAGCUUUUGCGGUUGUGGAACCAUAUCCCUUAGCUUUGUUUCUUGAGUGUUGCCAUCUUAACUAAAGAUUGGUUUCCCCUUGGUUGGUGUUGGAAGUUCUCGGUCCCUGUAACUUGUGUGAUGAAUCGCGAAGGACCAACAGAAAGAAAACAUCAAAGUCGAUAGUUUUUAUGCUUGGAAUUGAUCAUUUUAUCACAACAACAAUCUCUAACUAGCCCACGGUUUUGUUUGCAGAGUUCGCAGAUGGCAUUCCCUCAUCAUGAAUAUUGUUUGAGGAUAGUGAAAUCCUGUUUAUUUCACUUUUCAUCAUAAAUUUUCAUCGUAGUAUUCCACUCAAACACGGAUGUCAUUGUAAAUAGUUCUUAAAAGACUGUACUUCAAUCGUUGAUGUGAUGUGAUUGAAUUUGAAUACAACUUGGAAAGGCACGCCACCUUUUUAAACCUUUUACUUCAUUGCAUGAAGAAUUAAUGGAAAUGAUGGAUUUUGUUGGCUUUCGCUGGAUGAA